CAACAAAUAAUCAACAACACCCCCCCACUCCAUCUCUUGCUUCUUCUUCUCUCUCUCUCUCUCUCUCUCUCUCUAUUCCUUCACUUCAACAUAUUCAAAUCCCACCUUGUAAGUUUCCCCUUCUCUCUCUCUCUCUCUCUCCUCACAGCAAAAAAAGAAAGAAAACAAGAAUAGAAAGAAGUAGUGCUUCUAAGCCCAGCACUUUGGGGAAUUGGGUUCUUCUCCUUUUCUGGGUUACCAACCAAAGACCUUCAAGUAAAGAGGAGUAUAUUAUGGGAGAUCACCUCGCCCUGCUCGUCGAUCGCCUUCUAACGGAGUCGACGCUGGAAGCCGCGAUCGAGAGCAGGAAACGCGCCCAGAUCGGGCAGUCUGCAGAAUGGGGGAUCGAACAUGCGACCUCGACGGACGCCAGCCCGCCGAGCAAAAUGGUGGAGUGUAGGAUUUGCCAUGAUGAGGACUUUGACAGCAACAUGGAGAUCCCCUGCUCAUGCUGUGGAAGCUUGAAGUACGCUCACAGAAAAUGCGUGCAGCGGUGGUGCAACGAGAAGGGCGACACAACUUGCGAAAUUUGCUUGCAGCCAUUCAAGCCGGGAUACACGGCUCCGCAGCAGCUGUUUCACUACGGCAGCAUACCGAUGAAUUUCAGAGGGAGCUGGGAGAUUUCGCGGAGAGAUGUUCACGAUUCGCAGGUCAUAACGAUGGUUCCUUCGGAGCUCGGUCGCGUAAACUCCGACUCCGACUACGACAACGACAACGACGACUACUCCUACCUGAGAUCGCGAAGCACCGCGUGCUGUCGAUCUGUCGCCGUAAUCUUCAUGGUUCUGCUGGUUCUUCGGCACAGUCUGCCCUUCGUGAUCAGCGGAGCCGAGCAGUAUUCCUUCGCGCUGUUUUCACUCCUUGUAUUGCGGAUUGGGGGAGUGCUCUUUCCGGUUUUCGUAAUGGUGCGAGCAUUAGCCACUUUUCAUCGGCGUCGUCGCCAACAGGAAGAUCGAGAAGUGCACAAUUCGUCAUCCGAAACCGAGCCCGAAAAUAUUCGAUUCAAUUCGCAUCUCGUUCGAGCGCACUAACGAAUCGGCUGGCGAAUUUUAAAAAAUGGCACCGAAAAA